GUAAAGCAGAUUAGAAGCCUGUGGAAUCAGAGAGGGCUCUUUCUCCUAGUAUGUGGGUUCACCAGCGCCGCUGACCCAGAGAGGCUGGAAUCAGAGACCUGAAGUAACUUUAUACUGACGCAAGGUGGAAAGCAAACACCCUGAGAGGAGUGCAGCAGCCGCUGGGGAGAGAUCAGGUUGCAGAGCUUUGUAACUCACCUGCGGCUGCACAGGUGGGUCCUAGUCAGCACUGCAGGGAGCUGACAAUUGAGAAUGCGGGUAGGGUCAAUUUUGGAGGAACUCUCGUAGGGGCACAAGGUGAAAAAUAGUCACUCCAGCCCACCACCCGGUAUCACAGUCUGCAAAGAAGGGAGAAAUUACCUUAGUCAAAGCGGCCAUUGUGCUCAAGAUAAAGAGAAAAGGCUUCAGCCUGCUGAUGCUGCUCGUUCCGGGGGACUUGAGUCGGCUUAUUGAAAUCUGGGUGAAGCUGCGUAAUCCAAGAUGUACCCAGUAGAAGAGCUGCAAGGACCUGAGUGCAGCUGGCAGGCUCCAGGAAAUUAACAGUAUGCCAAGGUAAAGCCCGACAUUACGGCAGAGAGGCAAAUUCUGGGGGGCAAACCUACCAGCCACACCUCUUCUGACAAUUCUGAUGUGGAGUAAAAGUGUGCAAGAGGAAUCUCUAUAGAUCAAUGUAACAUCUGUGGUGCCGGAGUGAGCUGUUGAAUCCUACCUAUUUUAUUUCAAAAGAUUUUUAAAAAGGAGGAAAGAAAAGUGUGAAUAUAUUGAGGAACGACUCGAGAAGAACAGACGGAAAGCAAAGGCAACAGGGAAGAGGACUGAGACACAAAGGUGACUGAUUUGAAAUAUCUGCCGUCUCCCUCCCUUUUCUCUUGACUGGAAUCUACAAAGACUGGCCAACAAUGCCAACCAACGGAAUUCAUCGAUCUUUGAAAAUCCAGUUUGGGUUGAUCAACCAUGAGAACCGUUACCUGACAGCUGAGGCAUUUGGUUUCAAGGUUAAUGCUUCGGCGCCAAGCCUGAAGAGGAAGCAGAUAUGGACUUUAGAGCAGGACGAGAAGGACAGCUCUGUAGUCUAUCUACGCAGCCACCUGGGACGCUAUCUGGCGGCAGACAAGGACGGCAAGGUCAGCUGUGAGGCAGAGCAGGCCAAUGAGGACAGUCGAUUCCAGAUUGCUGCCCAGUCCGACGGCCGCUGGGCUCUCCAGUCUGCGCCUCACAGCCGCUACUUUGGUGGCUCCGAGGAUCGUCUUUCAUGCUUCGCCCAGUCUAUUGGAGAGCCUGAGCUCUGGGCCGUACACCUGGCCCUCCACCCUCAGGCCAACUUGCUGAGUGUCAGUCGUAAGCGCUAUGCUCACCUGUCUGCCCAGGAGGAUGAAAUUUCGGCAGACAGCAACAUUCCCUGGGGUGUGGACUCCCUCCUCACUUUGAUCUACCUGGAGGGCAAGUACUGCCUCAAAACCUGCGACAGCCGAUUCCUUCGAAAUGACGGAAAGCUUGUCCGAGAACCCGAGCGCAACACUAGCUACACUUUGGAGUUCAGGUCUGGCAAACUGGCCUUCAAGGAUUGCGAGGGCAAGUAUUUGACCCCCAUGGGCCCAACGGGCACCUUGCGCUCUGGACGCAGCUCCAAGCCAGGAAAAGAAGAGCUCUUUGACUUGGAAGAGAGCCACCCACAGGUUGUCUUCCAGGCUUCCAAUGGUAGAUUUGUGUCCAUCAGGCAAGGUGUCAGCAUUUCUGCCAAUCAGGAUGAUGAGACAGACCAAGAGACCUUUCAGAUGGAGAUUGACCCCGAGACGAAGCAGUGCAUGUUUCGAACCAACACAGGCAACUACUGGACUCUGGUGUCACAUGGGGGGAUUCAAUCAACUGCCACUGAAAUAACUGCCAAUACUCUGUUUAAGAUUGAGUGGCGCGAGCGUAGAGUGGCACUCAAAGCCAGCAAUGGGAAGUAUGUUUGCACCAAGAAGAAUGGACAACUAGCUGCAGUCUGCGAUGGAGUAGGUGAGGAUGAAGAAUUUCUGCUAAAACUUAUUAACCGACCUAUUUUAAUACUGCGUGGGGAGAACGGCUUUGUUUGUUACCACAAGAGCUCCAAUACGCUGAAUGGCAGCCGAUCGGUCUAUGACAUCUUCCAGCUUAUGUUCAGCAAUGGUGCCUAUCAAAUUAAAGGUUCGGGGGGCAAGUUCUGGUAUGUCAACAGCAGUGAGCUGGUCUGCUCAGAUGGGGACAUGCCUGAGGAUUUCUUCUUUGAGUUUUUAGAGCAUGGACGAGUGGGCAUCAAAGCAAAAAACAGCAAGUACCUCCGUGGUGACCAAGGGGGAAUGCUAAAGGCUGAUGCUGAGACUGUGGACGGCUCGACACUCUGGGAGUACUGACCCUCACUGGAUGUUUAUAGAGCUAUACAAACAAAAUAGAUGAUUAUAACAGUAAGAAGCAACAAAAGAAAAAUGACCAAGUAAGUAAAAUGCCUAAAAAAGACAAAGGACUGCAACCAAGCCGAAAGUAUUGAAUCACUAGUCUGCUGUGUCCGGAUUACGAGAUGGC